UUUACAAACUACAGUAUUAUUUAUGUGUCUUACUAUUUCUUUUGAGAAAUUUACAUUUCAUACUACUAAGUUUCCUCUGAAAUGAAUUGGCAGUACACCUUCUAUUUCCUCAAAAAGUUAUUUUCAUGUCAUUUUUUUGCGGGAAACUUAUUUACAUGUCAUGUGCAAAUUACUUUGGACCCGUUGGAAUUUGUUUUGGAAUUCUACAUGCCACGUGAAAAAUUCCAUGUCAUACUAAGUCAGCUGUUCCUAUUUUAACAAAAAAAUUGAAAUUGUUUUUGAGAGGACGACGAUGGGUUCCGUUUCAUGAAAGGCCCAAGCAGUCAUUUUUUUUGUUUUUUUUAGAAUCGCCGGAGCGGUUCUUAGUGCUUUCUUGCUUUUCGAACGGGCCUGCUCUUCCGACGGUCCAGCUAUGUCAAUCCAACAGCCCAACUCCGUGGUCUUGUGUAUUUCAACAUUUGAGAGAAGUUGAGGUACCAAGGCUGUGUGCAAGGCCCACACGGUGUAACAGGCCCGUUUCCCAACAAUCUAAAGGAGCGUUCUUCUCGGGCUUCUUUCAAAUAUCUGGGCUGGCCAAUCGUGAAAACAAGAGAUCGCCUCGAAUUGUUUUUUUUUUUUAACUCUUCGAAGCUGAAUUGGACUUCGUCCGAAGUACGCAGCAGACACCACCCCACACCACACCAGCUGAAUUGGACUCCGCCGCCCAAGCCGCAACCGACCAAAAGUCUAGAGCCUUUCUAGAAACUGGUAACUUUGAAAUUUCUGCCAUGGCAAUCGUAGCAAGCGAUCCCCUUCUAGUCUUCUACUCUCAAUCCACCCCUAAGAGAAAAACGCGGUCGAUUCCAUUUCCCCUUUUUGGAGCCUAAAACGCGGUGGAUUCCGGGUCUGUAAACUUGGUAACUAAGCAUGAUGAAGUACCCCGAAACUUCACACACCGCCGAGCCGAUCGAGGGAACCGCGAGGCCGGCAAUACGCGGGUGGGUAACUGUAUAAUACAUGUACGACUGCAGACUGCUGCUGCAGGGCACAGUCAGUUUCCGCACAGCAAAGCAAAUAAAAAACAGACCACUAAACUACACCCACCCUCGCUGGAACCCUAGCUAUAGAAGCGCGGAGAUGGUGUCGCAUAAGGCGUCGGAGGCAGGGAGCGGGACAAUCGCCUCGGACUCGGAGGCGUGGUUGGGGGCGCGCCGCCUGGCGACAGCGCAGGCGGGGGCAAGGGAGCAGGCGGGCCGAUCGGGGUCGUGGGAGGCAGCCGGCGUGGUGGGCGACGAGCAGCAGGAAGACUAUUAUGAUUACAAUGAAGAAACUGACGAUGACGAUGAUGACGAUGACGAUGACUACAAAUCCCCGCCUUCCAGCCCAAAAGGCCACCUUAUCAUUGCCUGACAAUGAUUUGAUAUAGAUGUCCAUACUUAUAUUGUGUGGGGAUAUCUUUUUGAAUUUGCUGUUCAUUCAUUUCAAAUAUUACGAUAGAGGAGUGCAACUGUUUCAUUCAUUAUAAUCAUUCAUUGUAAAUAUUUGUCAUAUACUCCCUCCGUUCUAAAUAUAAGUCUCUUUAGAGAUUCCAAUAAGGGACUACAUACGGAGCAAAAUGAGUGAAUCUACAUCCGUAUGUACUUUGUAUUGAAUCUCUAAAAAGACUUAUAUUUAGAAACGGAGGGAGUAUAUUUGUUGGUUUUAUUUCACUUUAUUACACCCAUUUUCUGAGUGGAAUAAUGCGCACAACAUCUUGUUUC